UAUUACAUUUAGUUCACGCUCAUUGUUGCUAUCAGCUCCAAAAUGGAAUCAAGUUGCUUCAAAAACAGCACAGUAUUCGCAAGUCCAGCGCACAUGACUUAGUAGAGGUCAGUGGUAGAUACUUGACAGAUAUUUAUCAUUUCCCUAGCAACCGUAUCAUAGCAAACAAACUUGCUAUUUCUGUCAUAAUUUUCACAAGUUUUAGUAGUUUACACUGUGUUAUUUUUAAAAAUUAGUUUAUUAGUAGCUUAUUCCGAUAGUUCUGCAUUAAUUUAUCAAUUGAGAUAUGGAUACCGAAAGGACAAUAGGCAUCGCUCCAAACCCUGAGUGUAUAAAGGGAGCAGUUGCGUGCCAAUGUGAACUAGGUCGUGAGAAAUUGCUGACGGCUCCGCCCUACAAGCGUGUCUGCUCCACGGUCGAAGACGAUGUCAAGUCGCGUCUACAAACUGCCCCGUGCGCCAGGGAUCUCGAACAAUACAAAUGCCCAGUCAGCCAUAUUCUCGUUAAUUUCAAAUCGCCUGUAUCACCUAACGAUGUGUUCAACAAAGUCUUCCCAUCUAAUACCCCAAUUAAGCAAGUCAAGCGCAAGCUAGCCAAACUGCUCUCAGUUUCCAAUAAUAACUUAGUAUUGACAAGAAAUAGAAACGUAUUAAAAGAGACGAGCCUUCUAUCAGACCUGAAAGCCGAUGCACUCGGAAAUCUUUCGAUCGACGUCUUUACAAAGGAUUCGCAGGAAUUUUCCCUAUCGUCCAUUCCCAAGGAGUCUUACGUUCAUGAACUUAUCCACACUAUGAUGCCAAAAAAGAAAACAAUGCCUUUUAUUGCGAUCAAAUUUAGAGUAAGAAAUCAAAAUGGAGUAUUUACACGUUCAUACCAUUCUAUCAUGAAGGUACAUGAAGUUAAAAAGAAUUUAGCUGGUGUGUUUCAAGUGGAUCCAGACAUUCUUGUACUAUUGCGAGAAGAUCGCCCUCUCAAAGACCGCAUGGCAUUGUUAGAUCUCGAUUAUGAUAAGUAUGGAAUUGUUGAAGUAGAACUUUUAACUAAAAAUAAUGAAAAACUUAAUUUAGAGAGAUUGUACAAGGAAAUGCCUUUUACUGAUGUUUUGACUGUGAUGGUCCCUCUUGGCAGUGUUGUAAAGUAUAUUAAUGUUGAGAUAUUUUCAAAACCAAUUAAGAAGCCCUUUCUUGGUGGUUAUAAAAACGUUCAUACAGGUACAAUUUACCACCACGCUUACACGCAAACCCCACAAAAGCCUGAAAAAGUGUUGCCCGAAAAUAAAACCUGUCGCGAUACCCAAACAGCGGAAAUGCGGGAGAAAAUUUACGACACAAAUUAUAGCAGAGCUACACAAAUGGAUUGUGUCCACGCCUAUAUCCCAAAUGUAUGCGACAGAAUUAUCGUACCGCAACCCUAUGAGACAUACGAAGAAAUGAUCGUGAGACUUAAUCAUAACCAUUAUGCGGCCAUUAUACAGAGGGCUUUCAGACAUCAUCAGUUUAGGCAGAAAGUUGAAAGAUGGUUGAAAGAAUGCAUGGAAAGAAUUGCAAGAAUGGAAGAGGAGAAGAGGUUGGAACGCGAAGCUAUGGAAAGAAGAUUACGAAAGGAUCUCGUCACUAAAACAUUUCCAAAAACACGCGAAGACUUUGAUCAACUAUACGCUAUGGUUGAUCGCUGGAAACAUGCAGAAAUAGCAAGAAUCUCACAAUUGCACUCAAAGGGUCCUAAAAUUGCUGAAUUCACGCUCUUAUUAGAUAAAGAAGUUGAACUUCUACGUUGUAUUGAGGCUUAUAGAGUCAAAGUACGAGAAGACAGUCGAAAAACCAAGGAAAAGAAGUUUUUAGAAGAGAUAUCCAAACCCGUCGCAUGGUACGGUCGUGAUGGCAAAUUGAUAACGAUGGAUACCGUAGAAAUUCAAAAAGCAAGAAAACUCAAAGAAUUAUACAACUCAUUCAUUCGAGAUGAUGUAGAUGUUAAGGAAAGAAUAGAGCUUUUAGUAAAUAUGAAAUUCGCUCUACAAGAAUUUCGUCACCCCUUAGCUGAAGAAAUUAUAAGUCUGCUAGAUAGAGAAUGUGAUCUUCUUGUCAGACGAUGUAAUGAUUAUCAGCUUGAAUUUCUGAGACGACGAAUAGCAGCAAGCGUAUUUCAAUUAAUUAAAACAUCUGAAUUAAACUCCGAUGUGACUAAGUGCAAGGAUAUAAGAGAUUAUCGAAAAAUGGAAGACAGUAGGCUUUAUUUCUGUGAAAUGUGCCAUCAAGUGAAACUUAACACAGAAUUUCCGUUGAAUGCUAAAAUGAGUGGUUUCCUGGUAUGCACAUCUUGCUCCUGGAAAGAUGUGUCCGAACGAUUAUGGAUCGACAUGACCCCGUAUAAAUUCAUUCUAAGAGCAGUCCAACGUGAUGAAAGGAGAAGAAAGUGUUGGGGAUCCUUGGCUUUCGUCCUCCAAGAGAAAGAUAUAUUUUUUAUAGCAGAAAAACUAUGGCAUUCUCAUUCAGCCAUUAGCGAAUGUAGGGAUAUGACAGAGCUAAGGCUGUGUAGAUGGCACGUAAACGAAGACUGGUCUCCGUGGAAUUGUUUCUUAGUCACUGUUCAAGAAAUGAAGGCGCACUUGAAGCUCGAACACCCUGAGAGCGUAUACGACGAGGAGCUUGUCCAGAAAGUACAAAACAAGCAUAAGAUUGCCAAAGCUAAUUUCGAGCAGCUCCUGACGGUUAACAAACGCCUCACAGAGAGCGGCGACUGGGCGGCUGUUCGCGCGCCCGCUAUUGCCCGCGUAGAUGCUGUUGAUAGAAUAUGAACUAAUUUAGACUAAUUUAACGAUUUUAUAAACAAAUCAUGAUGUUAUUGUAUUUACUCAGUAGUAAGUUAUUGCAGAUUGAUUUAUAUAGAAAGUUACGUGCUACGUUUUUGUGGCAAUAAUAUUUUGUAGAUUUUUAAAAUUAGGUAGGUAUAUUUUAACUUAAAGAUAAAACUCAAAUAGAUAAAAAAAAUGUUGACAACCAUAAAUGUUAUGCUUCAUUAAAAUAUUAGAUCCAUUUGGUUUUUGUUAUAUAAAAUUGAAGUAGUUCCGAAAUUAUUAGCUUUGAGAAAAACAAUGUUUUAAGCUCACGCUUUUUAAAUAUUUAUUCAAUCUAUUAUUUUAGAAUGUUGUGUAUGAAAGAUACAUUAUAAGUUAUUGCCACAAUAUUAUGCUAUUUAAUAUUCUCACAAAAUAUAAACGUUAAUAUACCUAGAUAAAAUGUUUUUAUUAUAAUCAGUCACGGGGUAAAGGACAGUCAAGAGAUACAAUAUUUAAAUCGUCCUUCUUUUAAUAUAAUUACUUGUAAUACUUUAUAACAUAAUUACACAUUACAUUUACAGAUAAUUUCUCCAGAUAUCAAACUCUCCUGCUCAUCUAAAAUAACAUAUAAUAAAAGUAUGAAAAACACAAGUGUGAUAUAAAGUGAAAUUUGAUAACGAAAUGCAAGGAGCUAAGCUUAGAUCGUACACCUACAAUAAAUUACGUAAAUAUAAUUUAGAUAAUUAUAAUCAUUAAAACUGUACAAUAAAAAACACAAAACAACCCAGUCUAUUAACAUAAUCUUAUAUAAAAUCUAAAAUUAUACACAAAAUAAAUUGGUACGAGAAUCCGAGCUAACUGCUAAGGUAAAAACUACGGUUAAAAAUUGCUUAAAAAUUAAGUAAAGCUGUCACAAAAUGUCGUUUCAUCUACUGCAGAAAAAUUAAAAACCAAAGCUUCUAACCAUUGAAAAGUAUAUAAAACCGUAAAAAUUCCCGUUAUACGCUCAUUUGACAAGGACGAAGUCUUUUGUUUGAUUGAACCGCCGAAAAUACCAUUUUACAAAUAUUUUAUAUCAGGAUGCAGAACAGUAGUUUUUACGGUUGUUACACAAGUUAAUGAGUAAAUUAAGUAGAAUGCCUAGCAAUGAGUCGGUUGUAGCUGAAUAACUUCAUUUUGAUUUUCUUAUUCCUUAACUGUACACAAAUCUCUAAUCUUUACAUGACAAUAAUAAAAACAUUUUGCGCAAGGAAAAUAAUGAUGUAAUAAUUUAGUAUCGAUUUAGGGCUUAGGCUGCGAUCCAUGCAUAGUGUACUUUGACUUGACUCAGAGUUAAGACAGUUAAAAUUUUAUAGAUUUAUGCACAUAUCUCAGACAUAAAUCUGUCUCGUUUUAACUCUGUAAAGUAAGUCUUUUAAGUGAAGUCUGAGCAAAGUCAAAGCAGCUUUAUAGACCUCAAACCUCGUUCAUACGGCAUUAACACCACACGUUUUUUUGCAUGAAUCUUAACCAAUACGUAUCUUAUCACACUGAGGAUAGAACCGUUUACACGGAAAACUGUACGUUUUUCAACGUGUAAAAUAUAUUCAAUGGUUGCGCCACUAUGUAUUCUGUAUCCGGUAAGGUUUAGCCCUGGCGCCGACUGCCUGCAAAAAUACCGAAGCAUCCCGAGAGUUACUGAGGCUUUCCGAAGGAUGCCAACAUGGCAUGCCUAAGCUCACCGCAACAUUGUUUUUAUACAUACAAAAUGUCAAGUAAUAAAAUUAUGGUCUAUUAUUAUUAUCCAAUGAGGAUACUCUUUGUUACUAUGCUAAAAAAACAUCUUCGCAUUAUUGCCUUUCUAAUGAAACCGGUUUGAGGCACAUCGGUUGAGAGGUUUCAAAGUCUAUAACGUACAUAGCUAGAAACGUUUUUGGUUUCAUAUAUUAAGGGCCGGUUUUUCAAUCAUCAAAUAACUUUUAACUGAGGAAUAAAUUAAGUAUUAAUAUAUUAUAUUAGAUGAUUAAAUAGAGGUUUUGACAGUUUUCGUACAUGAAAUCUGUCUGUGUUAUUUCUCAGAUAAAAGUUAUUUGACGAUUGUAAAAUCGGUCCUAAGAAGAUUAAUUGAAAUUAGAGAUGCGCAAAUCAUGUCUUAGAGCGGAUUUAGCAUUGAAAGGUUCCUUUGUUUAUAGGAACUAUGUCCCAUGAAACAUGUUUCCAGGACAUAGUGGCGCAAAUGCCGAGUGAACGGGGUCUAAGCCUUAGGUUUGUUUUAUACUAAAUUAUAAACCAUGGUACUCAUUCAGUUGUACAAAAAUCUACUGAAUUGACAGGUCUAAAAAUAGUGCUAUCAUUUUCUCAUGGUUGUAACAUUGCGAGAAAGGUAACAAUGUUUUAGACAAGUUAAUCUAAAAAUUCGUGUACAUUUGAAUUAGUACCACCGUAUCGAUAGGUUUCAUGUGGAAAUUAUAAAGCUUCACUUUCGAUUUCAAGGCAUAUUUUAUUUUUUUUAUCUAUCUUUCAAAAACUAGCGUCACAUGAAAUUAUGUUAUGUAAUAAGAACUUGUAACAGAAAAUCGUGUGCCAUCUUUUCGAUAAAGCUUCACUUUCGAUUACAAUACAUUUAAUUUCUUUAUCUACCUUUCAAAAACUAGCGUCAUAUAUAAAACAAUCAAUUUUUACACUACAGUCAUUGAUAUUUACGUGACCAACAAAUUUGUUCGUGUCUAUAGGAUUAAUAUCUUGGCUAAACUAUUUUUAAUAUAAUUGAUGUGUUUGUUCACAAUUCGCUGGUGCUUUUUGUGGUGCCCACAGCCGUACCGAUUUGAUUUUGAUAAGGCCGAAAUCAAGACGAAAUCUAUCCAUAUCGUCCCUAUAAGCUUCAGUUCACGCAGUAGAUAUUACAAUUCCUUAAAGUUAAUAAAUAAAAUAAAAGCGAAUCUCAAAAUAUACUCAUUUCUGAACCGAAAAUUCAACUGACCUAUAAGAAAAAAUAAUAUUGUGUAAAUAAGAUCUAAUGAAGGCAAAUAUAUUUUUUACAUUAUAUUAUAGAAAAAGGAUACUGCGUGAGCUAAGCGCAAGCCCGGUUAUACUAUGCCAUCGGUAACGAGAUCAUCACGAAAAAUCAUAAUGUCGUAUAACUCAAGCUUUUUCGUGGUGAAUCCUUUAAAAUAAUCCUAUACAGAGGUCAUAGCUCAUCACUAUAGAUUAUAUUUUAACGAAAUAAACACAACUUUUGACCGUCAGGGUGUAGUUUUCUGGCAUUCAAACGCAAACUAUUUAGUAGCAGUUUUGAUUAGCCCACUUUAAGGCUAAGAUUCAUAUAGCGUACUUUGCAUUUAGGUCAGUUUGGUCGACCGCACUCUGGAUGCGUUUUCGUACGAAUUUGACUCGUACGAACUACGAACACGCGGCAACACUCCCGACCUUUCUAGUACUAUGGGAGCGAAGAGACUGGGUGCGAGUUAGUUGUACUUAUAUGUGCGUGUAAUAAGUAGUUCCGAUACCCGAAAGCAAUCCAACUUGUCGGGAUUUUUAAAUACACUUUCGUGCGAUGUAAAGGAAUAUAGAAAACACAUAUAUUUGUGGGAUCAAAGAAGAGAAUCCUCUUGAACAUAAACAUGAUUUUAUUAUUCAUCGCGCACCAAAGAGGACUUCACGAAAGCGAACUCACCGGGACAUUACCUAUUUGAUGGA